AGCGCGUGGUUUUUAUAUCAACAAUGCCGCCAACGACAACGAAACUUCUUAUUCCACGACUUACACAAAAGGGGUUUUCCCAACUCCUUCUUUCACCUUUAUAAGUAUUCCUUUCAUUCAAUGGUCCAUCUCUCCAAAACAACAUCUCCCUACACAGUAUAAGUCCAACCAACACACCCACCCACCCACAAAAACAAUGAAAACCAUCGACGACUCCGACGAAGACCCUUCUUCCUUCUGGGGCAAAAUGGAAUACGCCCGCGUCAAACCUUUUGCCGCCCAAUUCUACUCUCCCAAUUACAUCGAGAAGUACCCCUUCGAUUCCUUCGACCCUUCUUAUGCCAACAAGCUCGAUCUCUCUUUCGCCGCUCUCUCGCCCGCCGAACAAUUCCUGCGUUUACCCAAGGGCAUCGUCGAAAACACGGAUGGGUACCUCUCUGAGGGCGACCUGCAGUUAAUGCUUACUUGGUUGGGGGACCACGCCAAAGCGCAGGAUCAGGAGUAUCUGAGGAAGGUGUCAGAUACACGGAGUAGAGCGGGUUGACGGGUCCAUCCGCAAGGCCUAUGGAGACCUGAAGUCACAUAUGCGGUGGGAAAAGGUGG